CAGCUGCUCCUAUUUUAAUCUCUGAUCGGCGAGCAAAUGGUUAAGGAUUCACCUUCCCAUGUGUUUCAGCAGCAGCAGCAGAAGAGCUUGUCUGCAGCAGGAAUCUCUUCAAUGGGCGGCGCUGUCUUGCUUGGCUCUAGCUGAAACCGUUGUAAAGGCUGGUCAGGGGCGUGGGUUUCCCUCCAGCAGCACCAAAACAUAGCAAAAAGGGCUUUUGUGACAUCCACUUGAGAUAAGUCCAAUUAGUUUCCCAGGGAGUCUCAUCUCCAAGAUAACGGAGUAAAGCAGACGCCUGCCUCUCCUGUGUGUGCCAUGUUCCUACUCAGCUCUUACCUCCUCCAACUCCUACUCAUAACUUUACUACUCUCCCACUGCCCAUGUUCCUGCCAACCCGGAGACAGAAGAAUUUACCCCGCGCCCAGGUCUCCCAGUGUGAAGGGAAGGACUUUGAUUCUCCUUGAUGUCAAUACAAAAACCCCAGUCAGGACUGUCAGUGAGAACUUUCUUUCUGUUCAGCUCGACCCUUCCAUUGUCCACGAUGGCUGGCUGGACUUUCUAAGUUCCAAGAGGUUAGUGACGUUGGCUCGAGGUUUGGCUCCUGCCUUUUUAAGAUUUGGGGGAAGGAAGACAGAUUUUCUGCAAUUCCAGAACCUGAAGAAUCCGGCAAAGAGCAGAGGAGGACCUGGGCCAGACUACUAUCUAAAGAACUAUGAGGACGAUAUUGUACGUAGUGAUAUCUCUCUUGACAAGCAGAAAGGCUGCAAUAUUGCCCAGCACCCAGAUACCAUGCUGGAACUGCAAAGGGAAAAGGCAGCACAAAUGCAUCUUGUUUUAAUGAAAGAACAAUUCUCAAACACUUACAGCAAUCUGACACUGACAGCCAGGUCUCUUGACAAACUCUAUAACUUUGUUGACUGUUCUGGACUCCAUCUGAUAUUUGGACUUAAUGCUCUUCGGCGAAACUCUGAUAAUUCUUGGAACAGUUCCAGCGUUCUCAGUUUACUGAAAUACAGUGCCAGCAAAAAGUACAACAUUUCAUGGGAGCUAGGAAAUGAACCCAACAACUACCGGGCAUUGAAUAGCCGUGGUGUUAAUGGUAGUCAGUUAGGAAAGGAUUACAUUCAGCUGAAGAGCUUGCUGCAGUCUAUUCGCACCUAUUCCAGAUCCCAUUUGUAUGGACCUAAUAUUGGACGCCCUAAGAAAAAUGUCAUAGCCCUUCUAGACGGUUUCAUGAAGGUGGCCGGCAAUAUAGUGGAUGCUGUUACAUGGCAACACUACUAUAUUGAUGGAAGAGUGAGCAAAGUGAUGGAUUUCAUGAAAACUCGACUGCUGGACACUCUUUCUGAUCAAAUCAGAAAGAUUCAGAAAGUGGUGAAUCUGUACAGCCCUGGAAAGAAGGUAUGGCUUGGAGGAGUUGGGUCACCACGGACUAGAGGCACUAAUAACUUCUCAGACACAUAUGCUGCUGGAUUCUUGUGGCUGAACACUUUAGGAAUGUCAGCCAAUCAAGGUAUUGAUGUUGUGAUCCGACAUUCAUUCUUUGAUCAUGGCUACAGCCAUCUGAUAGAUCAAAAUUUCAACCCGCUGCCGGAUUACUGGGUGUCUCUUCUUUUUAAAAAACUUGUUGGACCUAAAGUAUUGGCAGUUCACGUUGCUGGAAUACAAAGAAAACGUCGUCCAGGAAAAGUAAUACGCGAUAAGCUUCGGAUUUAUGCUCACUGCACCAGUUACCAGAAUCAUAACUAUGUGAGAGGAUCCAUAACACUUUAUAUCAUCAACCUACAUCGAUCAAGAAAAAAAAUCAAGCUUGCGGGAACACUGCGAGACAGGAUUGUGCAUCAGUAUCUUCUUCAGCCAUUUGGAGUUGAGGGUAUACAGUCAAAGUUAGUGCAGCUGAACGGACAGCCCCUUGCCCUGGUUGACGAUGGAACCCUCCCUGAGCUCAAACCAAGACCACUGAGACCCGGCCGUACACUUGUCAUUCCUCCCUUGAACAUAGGCUUUUAUGUGGUGAAGAAUGUAAAUGCAGUGGCUUGUCGAUAUCGGUAGUUGAACCUUUUGCCACGAUUAACACAAAACAUCCAGUGUUCUGUCUAUUGUGAUCAAACUAACAGUGAAGAGACUCACGAGAAGCCCAUCCUGCUGGGGGCCAAUGUAAGUGUGUAUCCCAGUGCACCCUAGCAGGGUGGCUUUUGCAUUAUCCAGGCUACUUUAAACUCUUUAUGCACUAGUUUGCUCACCUGUAUCAGGCUGGUAUCACACAGGUAGAUUAGUAACUGCUGUAUGUAGCUGUCGAUGCAUAUUACUAAUCUCCCUGUAUGACAUGAGCUUUAAGGGGGUGCAGGGAACACAUCAGCUGGAAGCAAAAUGAUCUAUUCAUUACUUAUCAUAUUGUCAAAAAUCAAACUUAUUUCUUCCACUCAUUUUUACCCCUCAAAAAAACGUAGGUUUCCUACUGUUUAUAUAGCAUGAUAAUGACAAUGUAAAGCUAUUCGGCACAAGCUUCGAAAACUCAAUCAAAUACAAGAUACACUCGAGAAUUAAAUAAGAGUGCGACUGCAAGAUAUGCUUUCUUCCCAUACCCAUAAAUGCCAUAUUUCUCUAUGACAGGCACAAGAAAUAACUAUAUUUAUAUAUAGGUAUAUAUACAAAUAUAAGUAGUAGGGUCUCCCUACUACUCAGUAAAAGUUUUAUUUUAGUAUGAUAAGCAACUGGGCUACUGUUUGAAACGCUGUAUGUUUUUACUACAGUGUUCACAAUUUAUUAGACACGGUUUCUCCCAUAUACUAUCAGAAGAGGGUGCAGAAGGAACCUGUUAUGGGUCUGGUUUACAAACACAGGAGCUACACUACACAAGUCCAGAUGCUAAUCAGCAACUGUUUUCCAACUUCAAGUUGGAAAAUAAAAGUAAACAUGAUUGGUUGUUAUAGGCAACUGCAUUUGCGCACUUUAGCACCUGUGUUUAUAUAUAAGCCCUUAUAUGUACUGAACAUGUAUUUCCCUGGGUUUAGACCCAAAUGUAAAGUACAUGGAACUCCUCUGAAGAGGACUAAGCCCUGGCAUAACGAACCAUGAGGCUAAUGUACCACUUUCUGUAACCAUCCACCUAUGUAUUAUAAGAUAUUGAGACUCCAUCACAUCUUUUUAUUUAUGUAUGUUCAUGCAGGCAUAUCUUAACAUCCAUGUUCCUACGGAGCAGCUCUCCUCUUCCUCCAAGUUCAUAACUUUGGGUACAGAUUGUGCUUUUGAGAGUACACCAACACCCUGCACAUUUGCUUCAUCUUGGAAGAACAGGAGAAGGAGAACCCACUAAGAUAUGUCUUCUCUUUCAAGGCUAGGGCUGAAUUGUGUGCCAGUUCCAAGGAAAGAUCAGUUCAAAUGUAUCUGACAUCAUGUUCUAGGCUUUUAGGAAUGGACUUGUCUUGGAUCUAGGAGCAUUAUUCAUUUCUACUAAGGAAAUAGAAGGGGGAUCCUAACUGUGAUGCUCAUGGAUAGAGAGUUACUGGGCUACUUGUGCUACAUUAUAACAGUGUGUAUUGAAGUCCUUCUUCGUUUAGACGGUGUAGAAUUUAGCUGCACCCAUGGCUCAGGUAAGUUUAUUAACAAUGUCCAAGUUUGCAGCUGGCCAGUUACCCAUAACAACCAAUUAGUGAUAAGCUUUUUCAGCCAGCUACUGGUAGAAAUGUAAGGCAGAACUUUGACUGGAUGCUAUGGCUGCUUGGGUGCAAGUGCUGAUCAAUGAGCCCCAGAGGUUUUAUAUAUAGUGAUAUAAAAGUACCCCCUCUUGUAAAAUAUAAGGAUAUUAUAAGUUACCGAGG